GAAGUUCUCUGUUGGUUAUUGUAAUCGCUACUGCUCAGCGAAGGGAGGAAGCAUAAACAGAUUGUGGUAGUAAAGGAAAAUGUUGGAGGAGGAGGGAGGAGGAGGAUUACCCGAGCCUGAGGUGGUCGGCAACUGAAUCCUCUUCCUGCCACUCUCUCUCAGUAUAUGAAUAUGGCAAGAAUUGGUGCUUCUUCAGCUACCAAAUCAACUCUGACUUGUCUAUGCACGUUAAAGACUACCAUUACCUCAUCAAUCUUGGAGGCCCGCUUGCAAAAAUGCCAAAAUAUCAAGCAAUUUUGCCAAAUUCUAUCUCAGAUGAUCCUCACUGGCUUCAUCAGGGACACCUUUGCAGCCAGUAGGCUCCUAAAGUUCUCCACUGAUUCAACCUACAUUCACAUUGAAUAUUCUCGGAAAAUUUUCCAUCAUAUUGAGGACACUAAUGGGUUUAUUUGGAACACUAUGAUGAGAGCGUAUUUACAGAGAAAUAAUCCUAAAAAAGCGAUUUUUCUUUAUGGAUUGAUGUUGGUGAACCAUGUGGCUCCUGAUAACUACACAUUUCCGGUUCUUAUUCAGGCUAGUGCUGUCCGUGGCUCUGAAUUGGAGGGAAAACAGUUGCAUGAUCAUGUGCUUAAGAUGGGCUUUGAUUCGGAUGUGUAUGUGGAGAACACAUUGAUUAAUAUGUAUGCCGUGUGUGAAAAUAUGAGGGAUGCAAGGAAGUUGUUUGAUGAAAGUCCUGUGUUGGACACUGUUUCAUGGAAUUCCAUUUUGGCAGGAUAUGUACAGAUGGGGAAUGUAGAAGAAGCAAAACUCAUAUACAAUCAGAUGCCUGAGAGGAACAUAAUUGCGUCAAAUUCUGUCAUAGUGUUGCUUGGUCAGUCAGGUCAUGUAAGUGAGGCUUAUGAAUUGUUCAAUGCCAUGGAGGGAAAGGAUAUGGUUUCAUGGAGUGCAAUGAUUUCUUGUUAUGAACAAAAUAAGAUGUAUGAAAAGGCUCUGCUCAUGUUUGUGCAAAUGAAUUCUAAUAAAAUAGCAGUGGAUGAGGUGGUGGUUGUUAGUGUUCUCUCUGCAUGCAAACAAUUAUCUAUUAUCAUGACAGGGAAAUCAAUCCAUGGCUUUGCUCUAAGAAUUGGGAUUGCCUCUUAUGUUAACCUUCAAAAUGCAUUGAUUCACAUGUACUCAUCUUGUGGGGAUGUAGUGGCUGCUGAACAAGUAUUUAGUGUUAGCUACAACUUGGACCUGAUAUCAUGGAAUUCUAUGAUAUCUGGAUACUUGAAAUGUGGGUUAGUAGAAAAUGCCCGAGGGUUAUUUGAUUCGAUGCCAGCUAGGGAUGUUAUAUCAUGGAGUGCAAUGAUAUCAGGUUAUGCACAACAUGACCGAUUCUUCGAGACUUUAACAUUGUUCCAACAGAUGCAGCUUGAAGAAAUUAGGCCUGAUGAGACUAUUUUAGUGAGUGUACUUUCAGCAUGCGCCCACUUGGCUGCCCUAGACCAAGGCAGAUGGAUCCAUGCAUAUAUAAGGAAGAAUGACCUAAAGAUUAAUGUCAUUCUUGGCACCGCCCUCAUAGACAUGUAUAUGAAAUGUGGUUGCAUGGAAAUUGCAUCAGAAAUCUUCUCUAGCAUGGAGGAGAAAGGUGUCUCUAAUUGGAAUGCUCUCAUUCUUGGAUUGGCAAUGAAUGGAUUGGCCGAAAGUUCUCUUGACACAUUCUCGAAGAUGAAGAAUUGUGGUGUGAUGCCUAAUGAGAUAACCUUUAUGGGAGUUCUUGAUGCUUGUAGGCAUAUGGGUUUAGUUUCUGAGGGCCUUCACCACUUUCACUCUAUGAUUCAAGAACACAAGAUUGAGCCCAAUAUCAAACAUUAUGGAUCCAUGGUUGAUCUUCUUGGACGUGCAGGGUGGCUCAAGGAAGCAGAAGUUCUUAUCGAGGGUAUGCCUAUGUCACCAGAUGCUGCAACUUAUGGGGCCUUGCUUGGGGCUUGUAGGAAACAUGGCGACAAUGAAAUGGGAGAGAGGGUAGGAAGGAAACUUAUCGAGCUCCAUCCUGACCAUGACGGGUUCCAUGUCUCAUUGUCGGAGAUAUAUGCUUCAAGAGGUAAUUGGAGAGGUGUUUGUAAAAUAAGAGGAAUAAUGAUGAAACAAAAUGUGGUUAAAACUCCAGGUUGCAGCAUGAUUGAGGUCAAUGGUGGUGUUCAUGCAUUUCUAGCUGGGGAUAGGACACACUCGUGCGUGGAAGAGAUUGAGAAGAUGUUGGAUGACGUAGACAAGGGGCUUAGGAUUGGGUUAGCCCCAAACACAAAUAAGUUUCCUCUUGGCAAUGACGAAGAGGAGAAGGAAAAACCACUCUCUCUCUCCUUUAACAUAGCCAAAGCUUGCCAUUGUCGCCCCCACGGGCAUAGCACGGUUGGUUCUUAGGUAGUAGAUUGCACCCAAAGCUUGCCAUUGCCUUUGUCAUUGCCUCUGGGCCUACCACUAUCAACCGACCCGUUGUCACUGUCAAGGAUUAUUGCCCAAUUUCUUAAUUCUAGCGAAGGAGAAAUUAGUAGGAUUGGUUUGCUUAUAUUUAUUUGUCAGUAACUUUUCUUCUGCUCUUUCCACGCGAGACAAAUGCAUUGCAUGGUGGAUCUUAACGAAAAAAUAUACACUAUUGGUACAAAAUGGCACAUGUCUUAAGUCUCUAAUUAAGUAUAAUAAGAAAGGCUAUUAGCACCAAAAAGUCAAAUCUUUUUGAGUUGUGAUGAUUUUAUCCGAUUCUUUUAAUUUUGACAAUUAAGGUCGAAUUUAUAAAAUUUGUAAGAAUUUUAGUCAAAAUAAAUAACGGACUGCCCGUCCAUCAACUCUUGACCACGUGGCAUGCCACGUGGAUAUUUUAGCGAGCCCAUACUAAUUGAGAAAGUAAAUAAAAUAAAAUAAGGGUUAAUCAUGGUUAACCCACAUAUGCGUAAUGGAUUGGUUUAAAACAUGAAAUUUGGAAGUGGAAACCCUAAACCCUAUGUAGAGAAGAGGAAGAGGUGACUUGAACGAAAGAUCGAGGAGGAAAUCAAAAGUCGAGGACGACGUCGAGGAGGAAAUCAAAGGCCAAGGACGACGUUGAAGGAUAAAGGAUGAAGAUGUCGAGGACGAAGAGGACAACAAGUGAUGGAAGAGGGACUUAAAGGAAGCAACGUUCGCAAUAUGCACAACAAGGCAAAAUG